AUGCCGGCUGAACAACCAGCACCUGCUGCGGUGACGUCUACAUACAGGAGCCGCCAUCCAGACACGCUUGCCUGUGGCCGUGCUUCUUGGAGCUUCGGCCCGUUCACCAGGGUCCACGAGAAAAGGUCAGAGGGGGUUUUCCAAGCUGUUUAUGCCAAAGCAGCAGAUCUUACAUACGACCCACAAGACGAGCCCAUGAGAAAGCGCCGUCUGACCCAAUUGCACGAUCCCCAAGAGCGCUACAGAAAUCUGUACAUGGCCAUCCUUGGUAACAUCUUCGAGCAGAUUCCAAGAUGUUUUUCAAAUUGGGAAAGUAUGCUCUUCUUAGAAUUUGUCAAUGCAGGGAAAUUUGAUGACAUGAUGUUUCCAGAGGAGGCCUUCCAAAGUGUCCUGAAAUGUUAUGGCCAUCACUUUGAUUCAGGCAGAUUCGAGUUCAGGUCUGAACUUCAAGUCCUGUAUUCAGAUCAGGACUUGCAGGGUAACAGGGGAAAGCUGUGUGAUUACUUGGUGUUCCUUAAAGAAAUGGAGUUGGACAGUGCAAUGCCUCAGCUUUACAAACUGUUCUCAUUAGUAGCAACAAUUGGAGCUACAUCUGCAGAUGUAGAAAGGGGCUUCUCCUGUUUAAAGCGGCUCAAGUCCUACACCGUAACACAAUGGGCCAAGGCCGUUUUAUGCAGCCUAGCUCUGCUGACCGUUGAGAGGACACUGGUCAAGUCACUGGAAAAGACGCCUAGGUGCUUCUGUGCUGGAACCAUCGGAUUUGGCAUUCAGAAAUCUGUCAUCCCAGGUCUGAGAGACUUCUUGCUGGAUCUCUCUCCUUCUAAAGUGACUGCCUCUCCAGUGCUUACUGAGUUCUGGGAGGAUGCAUUCAACUGCAGGCUUGGAAAAAGUGCAGCCAUAGACAAGCGAUUAUGUGACGGAACUGAAGAUAUAAAGACACUCCAGAGCCCGUACACUGACACAUCUCAGCUCCGGAUCACUAACAUGGUAUAUAAGGCUUUUUAUGCAAUAGCUCAUGCCAUUCAUAAAGCAGUGUGUCAGGAAAUAAAUUCUACAACUCAGUGUGACAAAUUCACCAGGAUAGAGUCCAAAGAGGUUCUUACUCAGCUGAAGAAAGUAAAUUUUUCCCGAAAUGGUUAUGAAGUGUCGUUUGAUGCCAAUGGUGAUCCUGUGGCCAGAUAUGAACUGGUUAACUGGCAAAAAAGUGAGAGUGGCAGCAUUAAGUUUGUGACAGUAGGGCAAUACGAUGACUCACUGCCGGUGGGCCAGAAGUUCCAAAUAAACAGAAACAUCACCUGGAUGGACGGUGGCACACAAGUUCCUGUGUCAGUGUGCGCUGACAGCUGUCCUCCAGGAACUCGUAAAUUGCUGCAAAAAGGAAAACCCACCUGCUGUUACGAUUGUAUACUGUGUCCUGAGGGAGAGAUUAGUAAUGCUACAGAUUCCCCUGAUUGUUUCCCUUGCCCCAAGGAGUUCUGGCCUAAUGCAAAGAGAGACACUUGUCUCCCCAAGCCUUUAGAGUUUCUUUCCUACAACGAGGUCCUAGGAAUCAUCCUGGCUACAUUAUCAGUUGGUGGUGCCUGUCUGGCGAUUAUAACAGCGGCUGUGUUCUAUCGUCACAGGACAUCCCCGAUUGUCAGGGCCAACAACUCUGAGCUGAGCUUCCUGCUGCUCUUCUCCCUGACUCUAUGUUUCUUAUGUUCAUUAACUUUCAUUGGAGCACCCUCUGAGUGGUCCUGCAUGCUGCGCCACACAGCGUUUGGAAUCACCUUCGUCCUCUGUAUGUCUUGUGUUCUUGGAAAAACAAUAGUAGUGUUAAUGGCCUUCAAAGCUACACUCCCAGGUAGUAAUGUCAUGAAAUGGUUUGGUCCUCCACAGCAAAGAAUGACUGUAGUGUCUUUUACGUUUAUGCAAGUCUUAAUAUGUACUAUUUGGCUGUUUCUUAGUCCCCCUUUUCCAAUGAAAAACCUAACCAUAUACAAAGAGAGAAUCAUCCUGGAGUGUGCAUUAGGCUCAGCUAUUGGGUUCUGGGCUGUGCUCGGGUACAUAGGCCUACUGGCUGUCUUUUGCUUUGUGUUAGCUGUCCUAGCUCGGAAAUUACCUGAUAAUUUUAACGAGGCUAAGCUCAUCACCUUCAGCAUGCUGAUAUUCUGUGCAGUCUGGAUCACCUUUAUUCCUGCAUAUGUCAGCUCUCCUGGGAAAUUUACUGUGGCUGUGGAGAUAUUUGCCAUUCUGGCCUCCAGUUUUGGACUAAUACUGUGUAUAUUUGCGCCAAAGUGUUUUAUCAUAUUGUUUAAGCCCGAGAAGAACACCAAGAAACAUUUAAUGAACAAAAAUGAAUCCUAA